AAGAAACCCCAUAGUAUUGAAGAAUUUUUGAAUCCUUUGGUGAAGGAAAUAAACGAUCUCCAAAAAAGAGGCCUUCAGUUUAAGCAUAAGUUGGUGCCAAUGGUUCUUCGGGCUUUUAUUGCAGAUUCGCCGAUGCGGGCCACUUUGAAAGCUACAAUGAAUUUCAAUGCCAGACAUGGAUGCUUGAAAUGCACAUGUGUUGGGACAACUAUUCAGGUUGGACCUAAUAAAAAAAAAAUUAUUUUAGAUUCCAUCGAUGCACCUCCACGCACGAACGUUGGAUUUAGGCAAAGAGAUGACAAAGCUCAUCAUAAAGAAUGGUGCAGUCCUUUGGAAGCCAUCGAUGACUUUGAUAUGGUCGAAGGAAUGCCAGUGUCCGACAGGUUGCAUUUAUUGGAUGAGGGAAUAUUUCAAAAAAUACUAGUAGGGUUUUUGAACAACACUUUCGAACUAUUAGGCCAUAUUUAUCCUCGUCAGAAGGAAGUAGUAUCUGCCUAUAUAAUCAAAAUUAAGCUUCCCUAUGAAAUACCUCGUAGAAUCCGGUCCCUUGAUGAAAUUGCGCAAUGGAAAGCUACUGAAUACCGCAUCUUCUUCCAUUAUUUAAGCGUAGUUAUACUAGAAGAUUUUUAUCAAUAUGAAGGUUCAUUUAACCAUUUUUUUAUGUUAUUUUCUGCGAUAACAAUAUUUUCUUCAAGGGCCCAUCAACAAUAUUGGUCUCUGGCAAAAAUAAUGUUGGACGAAUUCUUUAGACACUUUGGGAAAUAUUAUGGACGGUCUAACAUAACCAGCAAUGUUCAUAACCUUCAGCAUGUUGCUCAUGAAGUUGAAAAGCUUGGGCCUCUGGAUUUAUAUUCCGCAUACGAUUAUGAAAAUAAUUUAAGAUUUAUUAAGCAAGACGUAAAAUCAGGCACUAAUAUAGUUGAACAAGUAGCUGGUCGUCUAACCGAACGCAGUCAAGUAGUAAAAGCCAAAAACAUCGCGAAACUUAUAUACCCGAGACUUAGACCAAACGGCCGUUUCUUUAUUACCGAGGAUUUUUCCCUUCACACACAGUUCCAGAACCAAUGGUUUUUAACUGAAGAAAGGAAUAUUAUUAAAUUUGUAAAAGCAAAGAAAGAUGCUUGUGAUUCCUUUAUAAUUGUUGGCGAUUUAAUCGAAUCAUGUGAGGAACUUUUUAAUGUAGUGUCUGAUGAGGACAAUGUGAUAACAGAUAUACAUUUAUCAUCGACUGAAAUUUGUAUCUACAAAGUUAAGCUUAAUGUUCCUACAAUAAGGGUAGAGGUCCCCUGUACAUCUGUGCUAUGUAAGCUCGUUCCAAUUUUUAAACCAUCGCGGUCUUUAUUGCAAAUGCCUGUAAGGACAACACCCCAGCCAAAUUCAAUAGCUUUAUUUCCUUUGUUACACACGUUUAGGAACGCAUAAUAUGUAAAAUAGUUUAUUAAAAAUUAUUCAACAAAAAACAAGUCGUUUAUUUAUUUACUAAUCGUGAUUUUAACUUUAAUAAAUGACAUGAUUUUUAUUAAUUUAAAAUUUCAGUUAAAUAAAUAACUUUGGUUUUUGCGGCACCGCAUCGAACUCAAAAUAGAAAAGAGCUUAUGGGUACCAACUGUAAAAGUAAACGAACGAACAUGUUUUAAUAGUUCACGUAUAUUUAACUAAACAUUAUUUAUAGAGCCCAGGUCUAUUCCAUCUCUUAUAAAACUAAUAUGUUCCUAACAAAGUAAUAGUCAACAAUACUAAAAUAACUUAACUAGUUCGUUUGUUUUUUGUUUCGCUUGUGCGCUUUAUGCACUACGCUUUUAGUUAUUCCUCUUGUUAAGCUUGCACUUUUUGCAUUACUAAUUUUGUUUUUUAAGAAUUGCUCGACAUCUUUUUCUGUUGUCUGGGCACCUCCUACCCAUUUGAAGACAUUCAGAAUGUUUCGGUAUGCCACUAACGCUACCUUUUCCGAGCCAUUUCGCGAAACACCUCUCCAAUUGCACUGUACCACAAACUUACGACAGAACACAUUGUAAAAUGAUUCGUGAAUCCUUUGAAAUUUAUCUGUUGAUUGCAUUUGUGCUUUUAACCAGUUUUCUAACGCUUCUGCAUUAGAUGUUAAUGAAAGACUGGACUCUAAACUGUCCAGUUGUUGCUUGUUGGUAACGACCGCAGGAUGAAACAUCGGUCGCUGGACAGUGCUUUCUGUUUCCAGGUUAAUUUCGCUGCUUCUUUCCUUAAAUGCAUUCGUAUUUACAAUAUCCUUUAUUGCAACAGAAAUGCCAGCCACCACCGUGGUCAUUCGUGCCGUUUGCACAAGAUUUGCUUGUGUAGCAGAUUUGAUAAGCUGCAACUCCUGCAAAAUGUUUUCUCCAGGAUUGUUCGCCAUUUUUUUCUUGACUGUAACAUUACCAAAAUAUUAAAUGGAAAUAUUUUAACAAUUUGUGGUAACUACUUACUUUUGUGAACUAAAUUAUCGUUUAACUAAGCGUAUUGUAAUCGCAAAAUUUAAGCAGUCCACAAUCUGUUUCGGCGUACAUAAACAAGUGCAUUCACGUUUGAAUCUUCAACAUAGAAUGGAAAAGGUUUUGCAUGAAAAACAGUCAACCUUAUGUCAUAUAGAGGCUAAAAAUAAUUCAAGUGAAUAUUUUCUUGGAGAUUGUUAAAUUAUUUCGCCGUAAAGUUAUAAUUUAGAACAUAUAUUUAUUUCUGAUUUAAAUAUAAUUUAAAAUAAUGACGACAAUGCCCUUUUUCAAAUAGUUUUAGGCUUUAAAAAGAAAUAUAACACACAUACACCAUCAAUAAUAUUGACAUUAUGGCUGCUGUCACAAUUAUUGACCGACCUGUCUCAAAGCAAUGUUAGCGCGUUUGACAGUUCAAUCAUUGUUGGUGUUUGCAGCAGCCAUGGCGAGCAAAAGAAAUCUGUUUGCCAAAAAAGUUGUCUUUACAAGGCAAAAUAGCUAGUUCAUGUAAGUUUAAUUGUAAUAUAAUGUCCCAUUAAGUAUUUUUUAACAGGUGUGUCGCAAAUUCUAAGCGUGAUGUGAAUAACAAGACGAAAAAAGGAUCCUCGAAAUUGCUCAACAUCUAGCAAUCAACAGCACCAUGGUAUGUUGGAAAAUGUCUUUCCCGAUUGUGUUUAUUUCCUAAUUUGUUUGGGUUAUCUAUUCUAGCUUCACUGCAUUACCAAUAAAUGCAUUUAUUCUACGCUGUGCCAUUCAACUAUGGUGUAAAAUACUUCAUGAACACACGGAGGAAAUCAUCACACGAAGAAGUGCCGGUACAGAAGGAAAAAGGCCCCCGAAAGAGUGAUAAAUUAGUCGAUGAAGUGAAGAUUAUUAUUAUAAUGCGUUGUAAAUUGCUUAUUGUUACGUUAAAUGUUAAAAUAUAUCCCUUUUUUGAAACGA